AUGGCGGCCGCACCAGACAGAUCCGAGGGCGUGAAUGCCGACCAUGGACCCCACAGCAAGGCUACAGGCAAGGAUGCAAAACAUGGUCCUAUAGAUGCUGCAGCCUUCGUGCUACAAGUUCUGGCAAAAAUAAGCAAUUUUCCUCAUGUAUAUUCUGGCAUGGUAGAUUAUCUAGGUUUUCCUGGCAAAUUACUGUCAAGUAAGCUGUCAGUCAGAGCUCAUAUCUUCCUUGUCAUACUUGUAUAUUAUGUUGUAUUGACUUUGGUAAAAGAUAUCAAGGAAAUUUUGGAAUAUGCAUUGAUGAUACAGCCAGAAUUUUACUUCUUUAUCUUUAUCUUCUCUCUUUUUCAGUUACAAAACUUAUACAACCUGUUAAAUGAAAACUAUGUGGAGGAUGAUGAUAACAUGUUCCGGUUUGACUACAGUAAAGAGUUCCUGCGAUGGGCUCUGAUGCCACCCAGUUGGAAGCCUCAGUGGCAUGUUGGUGUGCGGGUUACCAAAAGCAAUAGAUUAGUAGGUUUCAUCUCUGCCGUUCCAGCACAUAUCAGGAUAUAUGACCAUACACAAGCAAUGGUAGAAAUCAACUUCCUGUGUGUGCACAAAAAGCUUCGAGCCAAGCGCCUAGCACCUGUUUUGAUUAAGGAAAUUACCAGAAGGGUCAACUUAACUGGAAUAUUCCAGGCUGUUUAUACUGCUGGUGUAACACUGCCAAAGCCAGUUGCAUCGUGUCGCUACUGGCACCGUUCACUCAAUCCAAAGAAGCUCAUAGAUGUCAAGUUCUCCCACUUGGGUAAGAACAUGACCAUGCAACGGACACUAAAGCUGUACCGGCUGCCAACAGAAACCGCGACAACAGGGUUUCGCAGACUGAAAGUGGAGGAUGUUGAUCAGGCCCACACUUUGUUAGAAACUUACCUGAAGAAGUUUGAUCUGGCACCUGUGUUCAGUAGAGAAGAAUUUAUGCAUUGGUUCCUCCCUCAGGAUAACAUUAUAGAUAGCUACGUAGUUGAGAAUAAUGGAAAGAUUUCAGAUUUCAUGAGUUACUACACUCUCCCCUCAACGGUAAUGCACCAUCCUACAUACAAGACCCUAAAGGCAGCAUACUCCUUCUACAAUGUUUCAACAGCAACACCAUGGAAGAUACUCAUGAAAGAUGUACUCAUUACAGCAAAAAAUUCUGAAUUUGAUGUAUUCAAUGCACUGGAUCUGAUGGAAAAUUCUCAGUUCCUUGAUGAACUCAAAUUUGGCCAAGGUGAUGGUAAUCUGCAGUAUUACCUCUACAACUGGCGGUGCCCAAACAUGACUCCCCAGAAGGUAGGAUUUUGUGCUGCUUGUCUUUUAUUAAUUUUGAUGUGUUGGCUGGUGCACAAUCCUAUUGAAACACAUUGGACUAACAGUGGCCAAAACAGUCCUCAAGUGUUCAUGGAGGAGCUUCAUAGUCACGCUCCUCAGCAGACAACAAGCUUUCCUGUUCCAUGGUAUAUGAGGGCACCUCCUACCAUCACUGAAUAA